AUCAAGUGAUGAAGCUGCGGGGAUCUGAAUUUGACUGAAAAAAACGCCACAUACAUUAUUUUAUGAAUUUAUAGCAUUAUGCAAACAGUGUCAAUCUGCAAGUUCGAAUAGAGAAGAUGAAUAAAAUUCAUAUCAAACAAUGGACAGGCUUUGUAAAACAUUUCUGGACCUUAAGACUACAAAGAGAAUACAUAUUGCAUGGAAAACCAGAAUACAUGUCCUCAUUCAGUAUCCUUCACCAUGGAGUAAAAUAAACAGGCACACCACAAGUGAAACACGGUCAGUGGCCGACUCUCUUGAGGUGCUCCUUUCCCAGCAAGAUGGACAAGCAGCCUUCCGGGCUUUUCUAAAGUCUGAAUUCUGUGAAGAAAACUUGGACUUUUGGCUUGCCUGUCAGGAGUUCAAAACCUUGGACAAACCAGAUGAACUAAAGCGGAGAGCAGUACGCAUUUAUGAUGAAUUCAUCAACAAUGAGUCUCCUUCACAGGUGAACUUAGAUUUUUACACAAAAGAUAUCAUCAGAGAGAAUCUCCAACACCCAGCUUCAUCGUGCUUUGCGGUGGCACAAAAGAAGAUUUACAGCCUUAUGGAGAAUGGAUCCUUCCCUCGCUUCAUUCACUCUGAGAGUUAUAAAAAUCUAUUUAAAUCCACUUCCAAGCAGCGAACCCUUGGAAACGGCAAAAUGCUUUGAGAAUGAAGAGCUGUGAAUCCAAGAUCAUCAGCCUUUGUACCGUGGCCUCUAUUUUUUGGACAAGGACUGACAACCUGUAUGGGUUUUUUUCUGCAACAGUACAGGGAUGUUACAGGAACAUAUCACACUGCUGGUUUGUGAUGUCAUCUAAGUCAUGUAGUGACAUCUAAACUCAAAUGUAAGUAGCAUUAACUGUUGCAGAAAAUCAGAGUCAAUUGCACAUGACUGCAGGUCUCUUUUGUAUUUUAUGUACGGUUGCUGAUAGGGGCAAACAUGCAGCACUGUCCAAACACUCCAAACACCAAAAUGUUCCAAAGCCAAUAAUAUCAGAAAACAUAUGCAAUGGCAAAAUGCUUCAAAAUCAAAAACAAAUGCAAAAGAAAAAUGCUGCAAAGGCCAAAAACACAUACAAACUCCAACUGCCACCACGGGAGCCAAACCUGCAGGAUGACUGUUUUUAAGGUACAUAUUUCUUUAUGUCUUUGUUUAACACCGUGACCAAGUGUACAUCCAGCAUGCAUUAUUUUUAAUUUGCAGCAUUUCUCUGUUACAUUUGUUUUACAGUGUUUGUGUUUUUGGAUCAUUUCUGUGUUUGGAACGUUUGGAUGUUGCUGCUAUUUUCUCCUGCAGGCCACCGUAAUUAUUAUUGUAAAUUGUCUGCUCAUUGAUGUAUGCAAUGCAAUGGAAAGCAUUCCAAUGAUAUCGUUCAUAAAGGGUGGAGGAAAUUUAUAAUCGUCGUCUGCUGCCAUCCAGUGGAUCGUAAUAUGAUGUGACUUCUGUUAAAAAGGAAGCAGUCCUAAUAAGCAACAAACCGGUGG